AUGCGAACGCUCCCCAACUGUGCGUCUACAAAUCCACAGGUGAGGAUCGCAGUCCGAGUGGGAGCGCGCCCGAGCACAGCUGGCGGCCCCGCGCGUGAGUCCUGCGCCAGGCACCCUGUCCCCAAGGAGCCGGGCCGACGGAAUCGGACAACGUUCACGGCGCAACAGCUGAGCGAACUCGAAGCGCUGUUUCAAAGGACGCACUACCCUGACGUUUUCCUUCGGGAGGAAGUCGCGUGCAGGAUAAACUUGUCGGAGGCUCGUGUGCAGGUCUGGUUCCAGAACCGCCGAGCCAAGUGGCGGAAGCAGACUCGGAUGCAGUUCGUGCAGGACGCGUGGCGGCUCCGCUACCUGGGCCUGUCCCCCCCGCGUGGCUCACCCGCUCCCCGCCCCGGAGGCCACGCCAGCCCCCCGCAUGGGCGGAGCCAGGCCGCUCUCCCGUCGCCGCCCCUCCCCUCCCGCCAAGCUCCGCCUCCGAGUCCACGGCGGGCGGAGACCGGGGCUCAAGCUCCGCCCCCCGCUCGGCCUCGCCCGCCAACACUCCGCCGACCGACCUCAGCACGUCCGACCGCCUCAGCGCUGCCUCCAGGUGAGUCUCGGCCGCCGUUCGGGAUGCCUCUUACCAACCGGCUUUGGGCAUUCCAACCUGAUAUCCCUUCGAACUCCAAAUCAUGCCGACGCCUGGGAGCUGCCGUGGCAACGCUCAGGUGGCGAGGCGAAGAACACGUGGGCUGCCUGGGCCCCGGACUCUGCCCCUGCCUCAACCACACGCCCCUGCCGGAACACCCGCUCCUGCCGCGCCUCUCGCUGCCCAUGCAACUCCACACCCACGCCUCUCAGGCGGAGAGUCGCCCGGCGUCGCCCGAGAAGCGGCCGCCGCACAGAGAGGCGUCCGAGCUCCCGAAGGCGGCGGACGAGAGCGACGACAACGACGAGGAACUCACGGUCACGCCCGACAGCGAGGACGACCUCACUCCCACCGACCUGUCCUCGAGCGCAACGGCCGCCGCCGCUGCCGCUGCUGCUGCGGCCGCCGCUGCAGCUGCCGCGGCCGCUGCUGCGAAAUAAUUUAUAUCUAGCUGUCUAGAUGUCGAUAAACCACCCGAAUUUUCGGACCGAUGCUUCGAACGACCGGCCAAGAGUCUCGACUCCUCUUGCCGUGUUUCCUUCGCCAUCCCGACCUCACCGUCACACUUCCACGCUCUCUGACACGCAGCAUCCAACAGAAACCCGACAACGACCAGCCGACACACACAGCAUUCCAGCAGACAGAGACACAGACACAGACCAAAAAGGCGUUCCGACCUCUUACGAAUUCGUCUUACACGCCUUCAACCUCUCCAAAAAAAACAACAAAACCAAAACCACAAUGAACGAAGACCACAUAACAUAACACCAACAAACAGAAUAAUAACGAAAGUCAUAACACGUGUGCUUCUUUGUAAAUAUCCGCACUUGUUAUUUUCUGUCGUGAUGCAUCGCUAGGCCAGCCAAAGAUUCGAGUUUUAAGCUUACUGUAAGUUACGUUCACUGGUCGCAGUGACUCCACAGAAAGAGUUUAGUGAGGUAUGUAUAUAGUAGAUGUUGAUGAUCAGUGCUUUGUGUGUCAGAUGUCUGUCUGUAAACCCCUGUCGUUAUGACAUGAUAAAUAAACAGUUU